UAGUGGGAGUCGAGUCAGGCUGAGGGGAGACAGACGCGGGCUGACUGAGCGGCAUUUUGACUGAGGGGACUUUAAAGUGCUGUGAACGGAUGAAAACAUGCCCCAUUUCACCGUGGUCCCCGUGGAAGACAACGCUCCGUCAGCUUAUGACAGCCUCGAGGGGAUAAACUGGGUGGAUUACCGGGACACAGGACAGGGAUAUCCUGGACAUGGAGACACUGUCAGCUCUGAUGGCCAUGGCAAUCAUAAAGAAGACAGUCCCUUUCUCAGCAGCAAUGAGUCAACAUCAAAGAAGAAUGAUUACUAUGACAAAAAUCUGGCUUUGUUUGAGGAGGAGCUGGACAUCAGGCCCAAGGUGUCCUCUCUCCUCAGCCGACUGGUCAACUACACCAACGUCACCCAGGGGGCUAAAGAACACGAGGAGGCUGAAAACGCGGAUGCAUCUAGAAGAAAUAUCCCAAAGUCACCAAGUAUGGGCACAUUGAUGGGUGUCUACCUGCCCUGUCUACAAAACAUCUUUGGUGUCAUCCUCUUCCUCCGUCUCACCUGGAUCGUGGGCAUGGCUGGAGUCGUACAGUCCUUCCUCAUUGUUCUCAUGUGCUGUGCAUGUACAAUGCUCACUGCUAUAUCUAUGAGCGCAAUUGCUACUAAUGGAGUUGUGCCAGCUGGUGGGGCAUAUUUUAUGAUUUCCCGCUCUCUGGGCCCAGAGUUUGGAGGUGCUGUGGGACUCUGUUUUUACCUGGGAACAACAUUUGCAGCAGCCAUGUACAUAUUAGGAGCAGUUGAAAUAUUUCUGAAAUACCUGGUCCCACAGGCGGCAAUAUUUCACUCUACCGAUAUCCAUGGAGCAGACGGGGCCAUGCUCAACAACAUGCGGGUCUAUGGCACUAUAUGCCUCAGUAUGAUGGCAGUUGUUGUGUUUGUGGGGGUCAAGUACGUCAACAAGCUGGCCUCCCUCUUUCUGGCCUGCGUGCUCAUCUCCAUUGUGUCCAUCUACGUUGGAGCGGUGAUGUCCAGCUUCCACCCGCCAGACUUUUCGAUUUGUAUGCUGGGAAACCGGACAUUGGUGAGGGAUCUCUUCGACACAUGCGCAAAGACUGUUGUGGAGGGCAACAACACGGUACCAAGCCAACUGUGGAGGAUGUUCUGUGGCUCAGGAAAUGCUACUAGCCUCCACUGUGACGAUGACUACUUUAACCAGAACAACGUCACUGAAAUACAAGGAAUUCCUGGCUUGUCCAGUGGAGUCAUUAGCGACAAUAUGUGGUCGAACUACCUGGAUAAGGGGCAGAUCCUGGAGAAAACUGGUCUGGCCUCAGUGGAUGCUCGCGGCUCCAUGGAGAACUUUGGCCUGUAUGUGUCUGCUGAUAUAGCCACCUCAUUCACCCUCCUAGUGGGGAUAUUCUUCCCAUCAUCCACUGGUAUUAUGGCAGGAUCCAACAGAUCUGGAGAUCUCAAAGAUGCACAAAGGUCUAUCCCCGUGGGUACCAUUCUGGCAAUAGCAACCACAUCCCUUGUCUAUAUGAGUUCAGUGGUCUUGUUUGGCGCGUGUAUAGAGGGCGCCGUCCUGAGAGACAAGUUUGGGGACGCCGUCAGUAAGAACCUGGUGGUGGGCACCCUGUCCUGGCCCUCGCCCUGGGUCAUAGUGGUCGGCUCCUUCUUCUCAACGGUGGGAGCAGGGCUACAGUCUCUGACCGGGGCUCCUCGACUGCUGCAGGCCAUUGCUAAGGACAACAUCGUGCCUUUCCUCAGGGUAUUUGGACACAGCAAGGCCAAUGGGGAACCCACGUGGGCUCUGCUGUUGACUGGCCUCAUUGCUGAACUGGGUAUUCUCAUUGCCUCAUUGGAUAUGGUGGCGCCUAUUCUCUCAAUGUUCUUCCUGAUGUGUUACCUGUUUGUGAACUUAGCCUGUGCAGUGCAAACACUACUCCGAACUCCAAACUGGAGACCAAGGUUCAAAUAUUACCACUGGGCACUCUCUUUUCUGGGGAUGAGCAUGUGUUUGGCGUUGAUGUUCAUCUCUUCCUGGUACUAUGCCAUUGUGGCUAUGGGAAUUGCUGGAAUGAUAUACAAGUACAUUGAGUACCAAGGAGCUGAGAAGGAGUGGGGGGAUGGAAUAAGGGGAUUAUCUUUGAGUGCUGCACGCUAUGCCCUUCUACGUCUAGAGGCAGGGCCACCUCAUACCAAGAACUGGAGGCCUCAGCUGCUGGUGCUCUUAAAGUUGGAUGAGGACCUACACGUCAAAUAUCCCAGACUGCUGACCUUUGCCUCCCAGCUGAAGGCAGGGAAAGGCUUGACCAUCGUUGGGUCUGUCAUUCAGGGUAACUUCCUGGACAGCUAUGGUGAAACACAAGCAGCUGAACAGGCAAUUAAAAACAUGAUGGAGAUUGAGAGGGUGAAAGGUUUCUGUCAGGCAGUGGUGACAUCAAAAGUACGCGAGGGCAUUGCUCAUCUCAUCCAGUCAUGUGGUUUGGGUGGGAUGAAGCACAACACCGUGGUCAUGGGCUGGCCAUACGGCUGGAGACAGAGUGAGGACCCUCGGGCCUGGAAGACCUUCAUCAAUACGGUCAGGUGCAUAACAGCGGCGCACCUGGCCCUCAUGGUGCCGAAGAAUGUGUCCUUCUACCCCAGCAACCACGAGCGCUUCACUGACGGUCAUAUUGACGUCUGGUGGAUUGUCCAUGACGGUGGCAUGCUCAUGUUGCUUCCCUUCCUCCUGAAACAGCACAAGGUUUGGCGGAAGUGUAAAAUGCGCAUCUUCACAGUGGCCCAGAUGGACGACAACAGCAUUCAGAUGAAGAAAGACCUGGCCACCUUCCUCUACCAGCUGAGGAUAGAAGCUGAAGUGGAGGUGGUGGAGAUGCAUGACAGUGAUAUCUCAGCGUACACAUACGAGCGCACUCUGAUGAUGGAGCAGAGGUCUCAGAUGUUGAGACAGAUGAGGUUAUCCAACACAGAGAGAGAGAGAGAGGCCCAGCUGGUGAAGGACCGGCACUCCAUGAUCCGCAUGGGCAGCCUGUACUCAGACGAGGAGGAGGACGUGCCGGAGCCCAUGCCCGAUAAGAUCCAGAUGACCUGGACUAUGGAGAAGUGUGAGGCCGAGAGGAGGAACCGGGCCAAUGCUCCGGAGAACUUCAGAGAGCUCAUCAGUAUCAAACCGGAUCAGUCUAACGUACGAAGAAUGCACACAGCUGUUAAGCUCAAUGAGGUCAUAGUCAACAGGUCGCACGAUGCAAGGCUGGUGUUGCUCAACAUGCCUGGUCCUCCUCGCAACACAGAUGGGGAUGAGAACUACAUGGAGUUCCUGGAAGUCCUGACUGAGGGUCUUGAGAGAGUUCUGUUGGUGAGAGGAGGAGGUCGAGAGGUCAUCACUAUCUACUCAUGAUCUGACCAGACCAGACGUUCCCGGGGUUUCUCUUUAAAACCUUUUGACAGGAGAACCAUGAGAUCUUCUCCAACAGCCAGACACAAUAAACACAGUGGCUGGUUCAAUAUGUCUGAUGCUCUGUGUAGACACACAGAAAGACGAUUGAAAAACGUGGGCUUGGCACUUUGACAGAAUGUAUUUCCCUCAAAUAGGAUGCUUAUAUAAUCAUGCAAUUUUUUUCAGCAGCAUGUCAAGUUGGGACUUUUCCAAAACCUUUGCCAAAACCUUUGACAGUGCCAUAACGGAACUGUAUAUACUCCCAUGUCCCACCACUGAACAAUCAUUGGAAUUACUCAUCAGGAAGUCUUUUUUUUGUUGUUUGUAACUGACAUGAAUCAACAUUUGGAGCAAACAUGGCGCAUAGAGCAUCGUGGGAAAAGUUGUGAAACCUACUGACUACGACAAUUAGUCGAAUGUUUGACAGCAAAUUAGCAAGUGUUUGAUUUGAUUGUGACCCUAUAGCAGCGACAUCCGUGUGAAGGCUCACGUCCAGCUAACAUUCCUCUAGGUUUCGAGUGUGGAGCAUGUUACACUGCCUUUGCAAACAAAAGUGCCAAACGUUGGUUUGUUUUUGAGUUUGGAGAAAUAAUUUAUUUUCUUAUUUAUUUUGUUUUGUAACACCCCCAUUGGGAUCAAGUAGGUUGUAGAUAGUAAACUGAAGUGGGGUUCGCUGCUUGGAUUGCCGAUGAAAAUUGUCAACGCAGAAAUUUUGUAAUAGAGUAAUGGAACAUUUGAAA